GCCUGAACCAGGACGGCUCCGGCACCAUGAAGUGGCUCCCGGUGGUCCUGGCGUGUCUGCAGCUGGCGGAGGGGGCGGUGAGGAUCAGUCUGAAGAAAGGCCUCUCCAUCCGGGACAAGAUGAGGGCAGCUGGGGUGCUGGAUGAUUUCCUGAAGCACAUUAAAUACGAUUCGGUGAAGAAAUACCAGCCCAGCCAGGGCUCGGUGGUGAGGGAGCCCAUCACCAACCACCUGGAUUCCUCCUAUUUUGGGGAGAUCAGCAUCGGGGAGCCCCCCCAAAAGUUUUUGGUGCUCUUCGACACCGGCUCCUCCAACCUGUGGGUGCCCUCCACGGACUGCAAGAGUCCCGCUUGCUUCAACCAUGCCAAGUUCAAGGCCAGUGACUCGGUCACCUUCACCCCCAGUGGCCAGUCCUCCACCGUGUCCUACGGCAGCGGCUCCGUCACCAUCGUGCUGGGCUCUGACACGCUCAGGAUCCAGAGCAUCACUGUCACAAACCAGGCGUUCGGGCUCAGCCAGGACGAGCCCACCCAGCCUUUCUACUUUGCGGAUUUCGAUGGCAUCCUGGGCAUGGCCUACCCCUCUCUGGCAGUGGGAGGGAUGGCCACGGCUCUGGAGGGGAUGCUGGAGCAGGACCAGCUCGCUGAGCCCAUCUUCAGCUUUUACUUCGCACGCCAGCCCACCUAUGAGUAUGGGGGAGAACUCAUCCUCGGGGGUGUUGACCCUCAGCUCUUCCAGGGGGACAUCACGUGGGUGCCGGUGACACAGGAGCUUUACUGGCAGGUGGCACUUGAGGAGUUUGCCAUCGGGCAGUCAGUGACCGGCUGGUGCAGCCAGGGCUGCCAGGCCAUCGUGGACACGGGGACAUUCCUGCUGACCGUGCCCCAGGAGUACAUACAGAGCAUCCUGGAGGCCCUGGGAGCCCAGGAGACCAGCUAUGGGUACGCAGUGGACUGCAACGACACCCAGAGCAUGCCCCCCAUCACCUUCAGCAUCGGCGGUGCUCAGCUCCCGCUCUCCCCCUCCGCCUACGUCCUGAACAGCAAUGGCUACUGCACCCUGGGCAUCGAGGUCACCUACCUGCCCUCCCAGGACGGGCAGCCCCUCUGGAUCCUGGGAGACAUUUUCCUGAAGGAAUAUUACACCGCCUUCGACAUGGCCAACAACCGCGUGGGCUUCGCCCUGUCAGCUUCUGAAGAUUCCAAGCAUCGUUCCAUGCCCAAAAACUUGGAUGGGAGCGGCCAGCAGGUCUGCAGGCACCUGAAACACGGCUGCUCCUGCCCAUUCCCAGAACACCAGCAGCAGGAAUUUCCAUUCGCUGGAAAGGGUGUGUGUGGUUUUUUUUGCCUUUGUUUUCUGGAAAGCUCGAGAGAAAAAGCCUUUACCUGGGUGAUAAGGACAGCAUUUCGCUUUUUAUCAGACGUCCCGUGUUUGGUCUCGCUAUGGGAGGCGCUGAGCUGGGUGAGGAGGGAAAUCAGGGUGGAUGUGGUGACCAAAGCGAGGGAGGGAGCAGGGAGCGAGGGCAGGAGGAAGGAGCUGGGCACGGAUCUGCCCAUUCCCAGCCUGUCCUGGCCCCGGAGCUGCCACCGAGCCACCGCCACCGCCAGGGACAUGUGGGGGCUGCUGCUGACCCUGCUGUGCCUCCCACUCGGGGAGGGAACGCUCAGGAUCACCCUGAGGAAGGGCAGGUCCGUGCGGGAGGUGAUGAGAGAGAAGGGGCUGCCCGAGGGCUUCCUGAGCGACCUGCGAGGGGACCCGGGGAGGAAAUACCAGCUCGGAGGGGCUGUGGCUUAUGAACCUCUGCUGAACCACCUGGAUACCUUCUACUUCGGGGAGAUCGGCAUUGGGACCCCUCCCCAAAAUUUCCUGGUGAUCUUCGACACCGGCUCUGCCAACCUGUGGGUGCCCUCCACCUACUGCCAGAGCCCAGCCUGUGAGGAUCAUGCCAGCUUCAACCACAGCCUGUCCUCCACCUUCCUGGGCACCAGCGCCAGCUACACCCUGAGCUACGGCUUUGGGGACCUGUCCGUGGUGUUGGGAUGUGACACUGUGACAAUCCAGAACAUCACCCUCAGCAACCAGGAAUUCGGCCUGAGCCUGGAUGAGCCCAGCAGACCCUUCUACUACCUGGAUUUCGAUGGGAUUUUGGGCCUGGCUUACCCGGGCGUUGCUAUCCCUGGUUUCCCCACAUUGCUGCAGAAUUUGCUGUGGCAGGAGCAGCUCAGCAAACCCAUCUUCAGCUUCUACUUCUCCCGCAACCCAACAUACAAUUACGGUGGGGAAGUCAUCCUGGGGGGGGUUGACCCCCAUCUCUUCUCCGGGGAGGUUUUAUGGGCUCCAGUGAUCCAGGAAUUGUACUGGAAGAUCAACAUCGAGGGGUUCUCCGUGGGGAUGGAGGUCACUGGCUGGUGCAGCCGAGGUUGUCACGGGAUUGUGGACACGGGGACCUUCCUGCUCACUGUCCCAGGUCCCCUCCUGCCAGCCCUGCUGCAGGCUCUGGGCGCCCAGGAGAGCGACUAUGGGUUCCUCGUUGACUGCAGCACCAUCCCAGAAAUGCCCACCCUGUACUUUGCCAUCGCUGGAGCCUGGAUCCCGCUGCCUCCCGCUGUUUAUGUCCUGCAGGAUGAUGGGAUUUGCACUGUGGGGGUGGAGAGCACCUAUGUGUCCUCUGCCGGUGGCCAGCCCCUCUGGAUCCUCGGGAAUCUCUUCCUCAGGCAGUAUUAUUCCAUCUUCGACGUGGCCAACAACAGGGUGGGCUUUGCCACGGCAUCCUAG